UGCUCACAGCCCUUCCCUCUGGCCAUUUGUAAGACUUCUUGUGAAUUUCUAAAACAUUUUUCUGGAGCCUUCCCUUGAGUUGAAGUCAAGGUUUUAAUCCACACAGGUGCCUGACUUAACUGAGGUUGUGGCAACAUGACAGGCAGCACUGCCCUGAUCUUCUGUGUGGCAGCCGUGACUGCGUGGGUCACUGCAGGUGCCAAGGAGUUAUCCAUCACCACUAUAAAGCAAGAACCGUACACCAUGAGCAGAGGCACUGAACUGGAGGGCUACUGCAUAGACCUGAUCUCCGAGCUGUCCAAGAAGCUGGGCUUCAAGUACAAACUGCACCUGGUGAAGGACAAUCGCUACGGAGCCAUGGACGCCAGCGGCAACUGGAGCGGCAUGAUUGGUGAGAUCAUCAGAGGGGAGGCUGACCUGGCUGUGGCCCCACUGACCCUCACUGCAAUCAGAGAGCAGCAUGUGGACAUGACCACCCCCUUCAUGCAAACAGGAAUCGGCUUCCUCCUGCGCAAAGACUUGGCCUCUGAGGAGAGCACCUUCAGCCUGCUGUCACCCUUCUCCACAGACACCUGGGUUGGCAUCCUCAUUGCAUUCCUGCUAACAGGUCUCUGCAUAUUCCUGGUGGGCAGGAUCAGUCCCACCGAAUGGGCUGAGCCGGACACGGAGGAGCACAGCUUCACGCUGCUGCACAGCUUCUGGUACAUCACAGGAGCUCUCACCCUGCAAGGAGCUGGUCCUCACCCUAAAGCCCUGUCUGGACGUCUAGUCAGUGCCAUCUGGUGGCUGUUUGCUGUAAUGCUGCUGGCCUGCUACUUCAGCAACUUCAACUCCAUGGUGCACUCCGAGAACAAGCACGUCUCCAUCAAGAGCUUUGAAGACCUGGCUAACCAGGAUGUGAUUGAUUAUGGCACAGUGGAGGCUGGAUCCACCAUGCUGUUCUUCAAGAAUUCCAACAACCCCUUGUACCGGCGUAUCUACCAGCACAUGGAGCGUAAGAAGACCUUCGUGCCCAACAUGGAGGAAGGUGUCCGCCGCGCCCAGGAGGGAAACUUUGCCUUCAUCGGUGAAGCAGUGUCCUUGGACUUGACAGUGGCUCGCUUCUGUAAAAUGACCCGGUCACAGGAAGUCAUCGCUAUGAGAGCCUACUCCAUCGCAGCACCUCCGGGUUCCUCGCUGGUCAAAAGCCUAAACAUUGCCAUCCUCCAGCUAAGUGAAUCCGGUGAGCUAACAUACCUACGGGACAAGUGGUGGGCCAGCAGCUGUUUGGGAACCAACGGGGCCCACGCCGCUGAGGCCCUGCAGCCCCACGACCUGAGGGGUCUCUUCCUCCUCUUGGGCCUGGGACUGGGUGUGGGGCUACUGCUGGCCCUGCUGGAGCUGUUGUCCAGGGCCCGUAACCAAGCUAAGGACGGCAAGAAGUCUUGCUGCUCGGUGUUGACGGCAGAGCUGAACCGGAGGUUUGGCAGCGGAGGGGAGAGCACAGAGCAAGACAGCUCAGACAAAAGCAAAGCCUGAAGGAAAAAGUUUACGUAUUUAGCUUUUGAUAAGAUAGAGUCAGAGAUCAGAAUAAGCUGAGAGCCUCUGCCCUGGUCCAUCAAACACACCAGCUCUCUCUGUGUUUCCGUAGCGACAGCAGCGUGUUGUGUGGUCGUUCAGUGUGUUUUGGACUCAGUCAAACAGAAAAACUCAGUCACCACAUAGAACAUAUUAUCAUGUAGCAGCUACACAGAUUAGGCAACAAACCGAGGGACACAGAGCUUCAGACAGCAAGUACUAAUCACUCUGAUUGGUUUAUUGUUCAGUGUGGUUGAAUUUUGUCAGAUGUCCAUGUCCCACUCCUGACUAACAUGCUGUGAUAGUCUUGUAACAGCUUCUAUUUGCUUGUACUGUAUAUUGCAAAUAAAGCCCCCAAUAUCCCAAAUGUG